GGGAUGAAGAUGGCGGAUGAGAAUGAGACAGCACCGAUGCCGGAGAAAGAAGAUGUAGAGGACCAUGGACACUGCAGCGACUGUGAAAAUGAAGAGCACCACUUUGACGACGGUGACAGGGGUCUGGCUGACGACACUGGCGCCAAGAAAAAGAAAAAGAAGCAGAAAAAGAAGAAGAAAUCUGGUGCCACAGAAGCAGCUCAGGACACCCUUGCCAAGGUGAAUUCAUUGCCAGCUGAUAAGCUACAGGAGAUCCAAAAGGCCAUCGAACUGUUCUCUGUAGGCCAAGGCCCUGCCAAAACCAUGGAGGAGGCAAGUCGAAGGAGUUACCAGUUCUGGGACACGCAGCCUGUGCCCAAGCUAGGGGAGACGGUGACAUCACACGGCUCCAUUGAACCCGACAAAGGCAACAUUCGAGAGGAGCCCUACAGCCUCCCACAGGGCUUCAGCUGGGACACCCUCGACCUGGGGAGCGCUGCUGUGCUCAAGGAGCUUUACACCCUUCUCAACGAGAACUAUGUGGAAGAUGAUGACAACAUGUUCAGAUUUGACUACUCCCCCGAGUUCCUGCUCUGGGCCCUGCGCCCCCCUGGCUGGUUGCCCCAGUGGCAUUGUGGAGUGAGGGUGAACUCCAACCAGAAGCUGGUGGGCUUUAUCAGUGCCAUUCCUGCCACCAUCCGCAUCUAUGACAUAGAAAAGAAAAUGGUUGAGAUCAAUUUCCUCUGUGUCCACAAGAAGCUUCGCUCCAAACGAGUUGCUCCGGUUCUGAUCAGAGAGAUCACCAGACGGGUCAACCUGCAGGGCAUCUUUCAGGCGGUGUACACUGCUGGAGUGGUACUGCCCAAACCUGUGGGCACAUGCAGGUACUGGCAUCGUUCUUUGAACCCACGCAAACUAAUCGAAGUGAAGUUCUCCCACCUGAGCAGGAACAUGACUAUGCAGCGCACCAUGAAGUUGUACCGUCUGCCUGAGGCCCCGAAGACUCCGGGUCUGCGGCCGAUGACCAAGAAGGAUGUGCCAGUGGUGCAUCGCCUCCUCCGUGAGUACCUGAGCCAGUUCAACCUUGUGCCCGCCAUGAACCAGGAAGAGGUGGCGCACUGGCUGCUGCCCCGGGAGAACAUUAUCGACACUUACCUGGUGGAGAAUGAUGGCAAGGUGACGGAUUUCCUGAGUUUCUACACACUGCCCUCUACCAUCAUGAACCACCCUGUGCAUCGCAGUCUAAAAGCAGCGUACUCCUUCUACAAUGUGCACACCACCACCCCCAUGCUCGACCUGAUGUCUGAUGCCCUCAUUCUGGCCAAAUCGAAAGGGUUUGACGUCUUCAAUGCACUGGAUCUAAUGGAAAACAAGACUUUCUUGGAGAAGCUUAAGUUUGGCAUCGGUGAUGGGAAUCUACAGUAUUAUCUGUACAAUUGGAAGUGUCCCAGCAUGGGGUCAGAAAAGGUUGGGUUGGUGCUGCAGUGACAUCCCUUUACGCCAUAAACAAGUGUCACCCACAGGCCAGGAGAGCUCACCAUCGCACUGACCACCUGACAGAUGGACUGAUGUGACUUCCUGCUUCAGGAAAGGAAAACCCACCGCCCAUUUUUACUUUUUGACCUUUUGAACUUUGACCUGCACUACCGCUGCCAGGCAGGGAGGCGGGGGGAGUCUUCAGCUCUUCCUCCUCCCUCGAUCACAUGGACCUUAAGCCAUUGUAGUUACCAUCGCAAACAACUGUAUUACAUCUGAGAGCUGUCUUGAUUGUACCAAACACACAUACACACAAGAACAGUUUGCACAGAUUACUUUAUACCAAACACUCACUGUUGGCAUACCUACAAAUCGUACAAUACUUGUAAAUAAUAUCAACCAUAACUGCGGAUUGUGCCCUAACACAUACAGACUAGAACCUACAGUUUUAUUUUAUUCCUAAAUGUUGGAAGUGCUUUUUGCAAUUCAAAUAAAUUUGUCAUCCUUAAGUUUUAGAGAUAAAAAAAACGAUCAAAAAAUAUUUUAAAGACGUAAAGGCUCAAAAAGAUGAGGUAAUAAAUACCAAAAGUGGACACCAGAUAAGGGCUUCUGUUACGAUUUCUCUUGUCAUGCCUGACCUUCUGUCUCUUUUUAUUUUUCUCAUCAAACCCUCUGUUCUACCAGUCAUCACGGAGAUGUUUCAGCACUGCUUAAAGAAGAAAUAUCAUCUUCUGGAGGUCUUCUCAUCUGUAUUAACUUUCAUUAACCUCCUCCCCGGCUUACUGCACUAACAGAAGACGCAGAAAGAGAAACGGACUGAUGAUAAUGGACCAGCUCAGUUAGAGGAGGAAAAAAAAUCAGUCAUUUUGGACGAGGGUGGACUGCCACGGAGAAGUUGAAGGCAUUCCGACGAGGUUUACUCAACACAUUUAUCAGCAGGAAUCAGAUUUGUGAUGCCACCUCUUGAUUUAUUGAUGGAAUUUUUUGGAACUCAUUAUGCAGAUUUUGCUUGGGGAGGGGGGUGGGGUGUGUCUCUUAGGAAGUCUUAAAAAUAAAUAAAAAUAAUAAUAUAGUAAAAUACAACAAAUACACCCACACAAAAAACUGGCAAGUUUACAUGCACAUAGCUGGCACUGUCAGGCUCUUUGCUGUAUAAAGUUUGUCUCAUGUAAUGAAACAACAUCUCUAACAUGCCAUUUACUGGGCUAAAUUCAGUAAGUGACAACAAACAUGCAAUUUUAUUAACAGACAUGAAAUAUGAGCCUCACAUAUCACCUCAUACAGCAGAUGGAGCCCUAUGCUGAUCUCGCAGUUCACAUCAGUUUAAGGUGUGUGAGGUUUCAGGGCGGAUGUUAAGGCUGCGCCCAUGAACAGCAGUGAUGAUGACGACUGGGGAGAUGCCCCCUCUUCAAGUGUUUCUUAUGUAAGCUGUUGGUUCUAUUUGCAAACAGAUGUAAAAAAUAGAUAGAUAAAUCAUGGGUCUCAUGGUGUUGCAGGAAACGAAUGUGAAGAUGCAGGUGAUUUUUUUUGUUGUUUUUUUUUU